AAAAAGCAACACAACAAGCUGAACUGCAAAAACAUUUGCCACACGUGCAACAGGCCCAGUGUUUGUUGAAUCUCUCCUAGCAGUUUCAGUCUUCACCCACCAAACCAGUAAAAUCUUGUGAGACCAGCAGAGGCUUCUCACCAUUAUGGCUCUGCCACAACCGUGUUUAGCCAUACACCCCAAAAGGGGUUCAGCCCGAGGUACUCUUCCGUACCAUGAAGCGUAGGACUUUCCUAUCUAAAAUGCAGAGUUGAGACUGUUUUGAAAACAAAACACAUCACCUUGACAGGUCAUGGUUUAGCAUUUAAUGAACAGUGGGCACACAGCCCUGCUUAGCUCAGAGAACAGACGUGGAAAGCUCUUAAGGCAGUCAGAUUGCAGGCUGAGCAGCUCACUGUUCCCCAUUGCGGUUGUGUUUCUCAUUACUCUGAGCACUGUGGCCACACGUGAUCUGCUCAAGCUUUUCAGAACACACCCAUCACAGCCCGUUCCCUAUGGUGACACACAGGCUGCAGCCAGCACUCCCAGUAGGGGUAUGCCACAUCCAGAACCCGGGUGCCUGAAGCUAACAGCGUAGCAGUGGCACUGCUGGAUGGAGAUGGCACCAGAUGUACAGUUUCUAACUUCCAUCGUUUUGUGGUUGGUUUGAACCCUGAUGAUCCUGAAGGGUUUCAUGUGUUUUGCUCAGUGAGAGACUUCUCUCAUAGCUCCAGUCAGACCUAUUUUCUAGACAAUAUGGAGACAGAACAUCACCGAUUUAACCAUCUAUCCACUAACUUCAUUUUAGAUCCAUGAAGGGGCUGCUUCUGAAUAUCAUCUUUGUCAGCAGCCAAGGUUUGAGAAGGAUCAUUUCUGUGAUGCUUGGGGCUCACGUACCAUGGCCUGGAGGCCUCACAAGGGAAGACGCUCAACACAGGUACCCUUUCAUCCAAAACAUAUAUGACCUUCUGCGAGAGUUUGGAUACUUACAGAUCCAAGCCACCAAAGCAGACACUGCAGGUAAUGAACCUUCUCUAGAUCACUAUGAACAGAGUAUAUUAACUACCCUCCCCAGCACUUCUAUCAAAGAUGCAGUUAACUCAGUCAAGUCUUCUAGGGAUGGAGCAUACAUUCCCAGAGGGAUUGCAGCUUUCCCUCAGGAGCCAGCACAUCCACCGUGUGCCUGGGCAAAGGAGACCUCCAAGAACCUCCUCACUUACUCUUACAUGCCACGUGGAGGGCAUUUUGCUGCCUCUGAGGAACCAGAGCUUCUGGCACAAGACAUCACGCACUUCGUCAGAAAGGAAGGCUGAGGGAACUGGGA